GAGGACAGGCCCAGCUUCACAGUUUCUAUACGGGCUGACCUCCGCCGAGCCUGACCACGCCUUUUCUGGCAAACAUGAGGUCAGCUGUAGGUCCAGUAGCACAGUACCAUCCGAGCUGAGAGGAAACCUCAUUCAUAUCCAGGUUUAGAAGAGGAACUCUUCACUGAAACUAUAGAAAUAUAAAUGGCAGAAGAAGUACUGAUUACCUCACCAGGGAAAAUAACAUCACACCUUACCUCAUCUUUACUGGCAGUGGCAUUGCUCACCUCAUUUGGUAGCUCUAUGCUGUAUGGCUAUAACUUGGCUGUGGUCAACUCUCCUGCAGGGUACAUCAAGGACUUCUACAACCGUACUGUUGUGAGUCGAAAUGGGACAGGCCUGAACGGAGAGGCGCUGACGCUCAUGUACUCGCUGACCGUGUCCGUCUUUGCCAUCGGAGGCCUUAUCGGCUCCUUGAUGGUGGGCAUGCUCGUCACCAGAUUUGGAAGGAAAGGAACUGUCGUCAACUCCACUGUGCUGGUCUUCAUAGCAGGAUCUCUGAUGGGCUUCAGCCGGAUCUGUCGCUCGCCCGAAAUGGUCAUUUUUGGACGCUUCAUCACAGGAAUACAUUCAGGGAUCUCUCUGAGCGUGGUGCCCAUGUAUCUAGGAGAAAUUGCUCCAAAAAAUCUCAGAGGCUUUCUAGGUCUCAUGCCCAGUAUCUUUAUCUGUAUUGGAGUCUUCUCUGCUCAGCUGCUGGGUCUGCAUGAACUUCUUGGAAAGGAGGAACAUUGGCCACUAUUCCUCUCCCUAGUGGUUGUACCAACAUUCAUCCAGCUGAUGCUGUUGCCAUGGUUUCCAGAAAGUCCUCGUUAUUUGUUGAUUGAGAAGCACAAUGUUCAUGCCACCAUCACAGCUUUAAAGUGGUACAGGGCCAAAUGCAACAUUCAGUCCGAGAUUGAGGAAAUGCAGGAGGAGCAGCGCUCUCUGUCCACGGUGGACACCGUGUCUGUCUGGCAGCUGCUGCUGGACCCUACAGUCCGCUGGCAGGUCCUCUCUGUGGUCGUCAUUAACAUCGGGAUGCAGCUGUCUGGUAUUGAUGCAAUCUGGUUCUACACCAAUGACAUCUUUGAGAAUGCUGGAAUUCCCGCCCCUGAGAUCCCUUACACCACUGUGGGAACUGGAGCCAUCGAGAUCAUCGCAGGCCUCAUAGGGUGUUUCACUAUUGAGAGGCUGGGAAGGAGGCCAUUGAUUAUUGGAGGUUUUGCAGUCAUGGGAAUGUGUUGUGCUGGGAUAACACUUUCCCUCAUACUUCAGACACAUGUGUACUUCAUGAAGUAUGUCAGUGUGGGCUGUGUGGUCGGCAUCAUUGCUGGGUUCUGUAUAGGACCAGCUGGUGUUCCGUUCCUGAUCACGGCUGAGCUCUUUAAGCAAUCACAUCGUCCUGCUGCGUACACUGUAGGCGGCUCACUGAACUGGAUGUCAAACUUUACCAUUGGCUUCAUCUUCCCGUUCUUACAGAUGUCAGCAGGAUCCUUCUGCUACCUGGUGUUCAGCACCGUGUGCUUAGCAGUAGCUGUCUACGUGUUCUUCAUCAUUCCAGAGACGAAGAAUAAGACGUUUGUGGAGAUCAGUCAGAUGUUUGCCACUAAAGAGGCAGUGGUAGAGAGCCAGGCUCUCAGUCAGCUUGAUCAGCUCAAACUGAAGAAGAUGAAUGGAUACGGAACGCUAGAAAACGGCUCACUCGAGUUCGACAGCUCCUCCUCCUGUCCCUGAGCCCAGAGAGAAGAAGAGAAUUUAAUCGUGUCUUUUUUUUUUCCAUCAUGCUUUACACAGUUCAGUUAACUAAUUUCUGAGCCUAUGCAUAUAUUAUGUGGCCAUUAUGUCACAUAUUAAGCAAAUGUGUAAGAAUACUAAAAUAUAUUUAUUCAUAUACAAUGGUUUCUGUUCAGAUGCAGUUUUGUUUUUAUGAUAUCUUAUUUACUGAUUUCCCUAAUUAAUGCUGUAUUUACUGGAGUCAUUUCUUUAACAUUGAAAGACAGAGGUGCAUUUGUUCUGAAUCUUUGUAAUAGAGGAUAUUGUUUGCUAAAGAAUAUACAGUAUAUUACUUAAACACAAGACAGUGAUAUAAACAUGUGCUGUUUAUAGUCAUAUAGAGUUCUUGUUUAUUAAGGUAAUACAUUUAAAGAUGUUGUAUUUGUAUUGUAUGCCAGUGUACAUAGAUCUUUUACUGUUUUUAUUCCAUAUUUCUAAAUGCAAGGAUCUUAUUGCACAUUAUUUGUGCUUUUGAGUUGCCAAUUUAUUUUAAUGACAGGUGAGUGCAGUUCUAGAUAGUAUAAUAUGGAUGUAUGUUCAUUUUAAAAUCCUUUUUAAUGUUGUGGCUGGUCUGUUUUUAGGUUUGCAGAAGUUUUCAAAAUGUACAGUAUGUGAUCAGGGUUCAAUUGCCAUGUAAAACCCCUAGAAAAAGAAAAUGCAAAUAAAAGAAAUGCUUUGUUUCUUA